GCUCACCAUCAACUCAAUAAUCAUGUGGUAUUCUUCAACUCAAAAAUCAAAUGAGUCGGUACCUGAACUGAGUUCAUCCAGAGCGGUUGUAUCUGGGGGUUCGCAAGGGAUAGGAGCUGGUAUCGCAUUGCGAUUCGCAUUAGCGGGUGCAUCCGUUUGGGUGGUCGGAAGAUCGGAAGAACGUGGUGCAGAAGUGGUGAAGAAAUUACAACAAGCUGCAUUAGAAGGUGCAAGACGAAGAUCAAUAAAUACAAAAGAGGCUGAAGAAAUAUCCAAAACUGGUGGAACGACAAAUAAAGAUUUCACAUUCUUCAAAGCGGAUCUAAGUGAUGUUCAAGAGAUCAAUCGUGUUGCAGCAGAAAUUGCAAAAAGAGCUGGAAAGGGAGGUGUAGACUGGCUGUUUGAAAGUCAGGGUGGUCCUCCUACAGGAAAUUCACCAGAUACACCAGCAGGAAUUGAUUCAGCUUUUGCCGUUCAAUGUCUCUCGAGGUAUGGGUUGGCAAAAGGUCUUUUGACAUCGGGUACGAUCAAGCAAGGUGUAUGCUUUAUUGCGGUUCCAGGUCAAGGCGGCAAAAAGCCAAUUGAGUUGGACGAUAUCGAAUUGAAGAGCAAAAGGAGCAAGUGGGGUCUGAACAUACCAAGAAGCGGAGCAAGAGAUUCGGCUGUUCUUGAUGCAGUCACCCUAUCAUUUGCCCAACAGUAUCCCAAUCUCACAUUCAGCCACAUCUUCCCUGGUCUAAUAGGAACCAAUGCAGCUGCAAAUCAAGGUUUCCCUUUCCCCAUCCCUCAAGCAUAUAAAGCAGCAGGCCUCUUUUUACCUUCCGCUGAACAGUUUGCUGAACUUCCUUUCUAUCUACAUGCAAAUCCUGAGGGUAAACGUUAUUUACGUAGCGGAGAGGCAAACUUGUUCUGGCCAUGGCUAUCGAGAAUGUCCAUCUCUCCCAAUGUGGAGGAUCAAGCGCAUCGAUCUGCCAUCAUUGCCAGGCUUGAUAAGUAUGGAUUUUAAAUUGUAUUUAAAGUGAACUCUAAGCAGAAAAUAUACUAAUCUAUUGACAAAAGGACAGGUUAUUGUUCAAUUGACGUUAUCUCUCAUGUAGAUGAAAGAUGAAAGGGUGAAAUUUUUACAAAAACUGUGAGAUACAUUAUACAGCUCAAGGGA